UUAGUGCUCAUGAGCAUUUUUUCACGUGUUUAUUAGCCAUUUGUACUUCAGUUGGGGUUAACUGUCUACAGUUUGUUUCUUCAUGAUGAUUCCUAGCAGAAUGGCCUGAGCUGGUAAUUUCUAAGACCUGGCGUUCAGACUCAGGUGUGAAGAACUCAGCCCAGGCAACAGAACUCCGUCAAAGAGCAGAGAAGCUAUGGAGACUGUGAUGAAAUGGACUCAACCCCAGAAGGCAAAAAGUGAGAGCUGUGGAGAGUCCGGGGCGGUGAAGAGGAGGACCAAGUGCCCAGGCUCUGUUUUGUCUACCCUGGGUACUUACUGGCCCCAAGAAGAGAAGAGGAAGUCUACAGUAAUGGAACAAGUUACAGUCAAAGAUGUGACUGUGGUCUUCACAGAGUCUGAAUGGAAGAGACUGAGCUCUGAGCAGAAGAAACUGUACAUUGAAGUCAUGCUGGAGGUGUACAGGGAUCUGCUCUCCUUGGCAGACCCAAAGCCAGAAAGCGACCCCUGUGCCUACUGCCUUCUGGCUCUCUCCUGUCAGCAGUUCCUCAGCCAGCGUGAGCUUCAGCUCUUCCCAGGCUUCUGUGCAGAACAUCACCUCCAUCCAGGGGGGUCCAGCCCAGGGCCUCAGAAGCAGCCGGAGCAGCGGGAGUCUCCUCAGAGCUGCAGGAGUGCGAACACACAAGGUCAGGAUUGCAGAGACGACGUCUCCACACAGUUGUUGGAGAGGACAGGGGAGAGAAAGACUUCAAGGGGUUUCCGCAGGCCUUGCCGAAGACAGUCAGCAAGCAACAAAGUGAGAUUCCAGUCCAUCUCAGCCCCAAGGGAAAGUUGUGUGGAAACAGAUGAUGGGUUGAAGGAAUUGUUGUGUACCUCAACUCUGAGAGCAGUUCACUCUAGAGAGGAUGGACGAGACCGUAGCCUGAAAUCAGAACUCAACUCCCUCUUCCUGGAGAAGCCCUAUGUUUGUAUUGAGUGUGGAAGAGCCUUUAACUAUAAGUCACGUUUCCUCCAACACCAGAGGAUACACUCAGGGGAGAAGCCUUUUUUGUGUGUGGAGUGUGGGCGAGGCUUUAACCAGAGAUCAAACCUCCUUGUGCACCAGAGAACACACUCAGGGAAGAAGCCACAUGUGUGCAAGGAUUGUGGGCGAGACUUCAGUCACAAGCCAAGCCUCCUCGUGCACCAGAGGAUACACUCAGGGGAGAAGCCUUUUGUGUGCACAGAGUGUGGGCGAGACUUUAAAGGUAAACCAAACUUCCUUGUGCACCGGAGAACACACUCAGGGGAGAAGCCACAUGUGUGCCAGGAGUGUGGACGGGGAUUUAGUAAAAAGUCAGUACUGCUUGUGCACCAGAGGAUACACUCAGGGGAGAAGCCACAUGUGUGCACAGAGUGUGGGCGGGGGUUUAGUCACAAGCCAAGCCUGCUUGUGCACUGGAGGAUUCACUCAGGGGAGAAGCCUUAUGUGUGCACAGAGUGUGGACGAGGCUUUAAAUGUAAAGCAAACCUCCUUGUGCACCAGAGAACACACACAGGGGAGAAGCCUUAUGUCUGCACAGAGUGUGGGCGUAGUUUUAAAGGUAAACCAAACCUCCUUGUCCACCAGAGAACACACUCAGGGGAGAAGCCACAUGUGUGCAAGGAAUGUGGGCGGGGGUUUAGUCACAAGUCAGUCCUGCUUGUGCAUCAGAGGAUACACUCGGGGGAGAGGCCUUACGUGUGCACAGAGUGUGGGCGAGGCUUUAAAGGGAAAUCAAGCCUCCUUGUGCACCAGAGGAUACACUCAGGGGAGAAACCAUACGUGUGCACUGAGUGUGGACAAGCCUUUAUCCAGAGGUCACACCUCCUUCGGCAUCGGAGAACACACUCAGGGGAGAAGCCACAUAUUUGCAAGGAUUGUGGACAAGGCUUUAGUCACAAGUCAGUGCUGCUUGUGCACCAGAGGAUACAUUCAGGGGAGAGGCCUUUUGUGUGUCAGGAGUGUGGACGAGGCUUUAAGCAGAAGCCACACUUACUGGUGCAUCAAAGGACACACUCUGGGGAGAAGCCUUUUGUGUGUGAGCAGUGUGCACAAGGUUUCAAGCAGAAGUCGCACCUCCUUGUGCACAGGAGGAUACACUCAGGGGAGAGGCCUUAUGUGUGCACAGAGUGUGGGCGAGGCUUUAAAGGAAAAUCAAACCUUCUUGUGCACCAGAGGAUACACUCAGGGGAGAGGCCACACAUUUGUAUAGAGUGUGGGCGAGGGUUUACCCAGAGAUCACACCUCCUUGGGCACCAGAGAACACAUUCAGGGAGAAGCCACAUAGUUGCAAGGAAUGUAGACAAGGCUUAAACCAGAAGUCACACCUCCUUGUACACCAGAGAACACACUUGGGAGCAACUGUAUGUGUGCAAGGAAGGUGGGCGAGUCACCAGAAAGCACAGCUCCA